AUGACCAAAGGAGGAUAUUUGGUCGAUUACGAUCCUUUCUUGACCGAGGUAGCUGAAACGGGGUGUUUCAACGUCCAUUUUCGGCAUCACGUGGGAGUAAUUUGCAUCAACGAUGAUAUGAAUGCUCUGACACUAUCACAUUUUGACAGCAAAGCACAUGGAAAGCCAAUGGCCUGGAAGCUGGAGGCUCCCCGUGGCAUGAUCCCAUGUCAGCAGGCACAGGGCCCUGCAGGCUAUUAUGCCUGGCAAAACCUGGGGUCUGGGGUAACGAGAGUUUGGUAUGCACGACCUGCCCGUCUCAGCAGAGGCGCAGCCGGGCUGCUGAUUACCAGUAAACGAUUAUUAGAUUAG